UUGCUAGGCGACUGGGAUGUUGCCAUAUCCUAAAAGUGGUACAAUGAGUGAAAAGGUUGAAAAGCCCUGAAUUAGGCCAUUCAUCUUUCUUGCCGAAGAAGGAGCCAGGGUAGGGGAACAUUAGGCAGACUCACCUCGGGGCACAGUGCAGCAGGGCGAGGGCGGGGAGAAAGAAGAUCGCCGACACCGGGUACAAGCGGGGCGGGUUUCUGGGGGUUUCUCCGCCUUGGGGAGGCGGAGAACUAAACCUGAGGGAAAUAAAGGCUCUCGGCGCGAAUGAGGUGGGAGAGAACAAAGAUCCACCUCUGCAGUCGGUUUUACGGAGCGCGACCCUCCGAUCCGGCCACCGUCCUUUCGCAGUCCCGGCCAUGGGAGAAACUUUUCUACGCUGCCCGCUGCGCACUCCGCGUGGCCGGGUUUUGGUGUCGUUACCGCCGGGCGGCGAAUUCCUGCUGGGCACUCCGGAGUUCGUAAACCAAGGGAGCGAUGAAGGAUUCUGCAUUCCCAUCCAGGAGAUGGUUGCUGUGAGGCUUGGAGUAGCCAGUAACAGAAAGGAGGUUUUGGAAUCGACUAGGGAUGAAAACUCUUUCACAGUUUUUUUUAUACAGCGGGAAAAAGGAGAGUUUUGGAACCUUGGGGUGUUGGAGUUCACUGCCCCAUCCACAUCUCAGCUAGCAACACGCUGGGUCACCGCCCUUCGGAUCUGGAUUCAUCAUCAUGGUGUUACACGGCCCAAGAGUCUCCUUGUCUUCAUCAAUCCAGUGGGGGGACGUAAGCGAGCAAUGGAGAUCUAUCAGAGUCAAGUGGCUCCACUGUUUGCCCUGGCUGGGAUCCAUGCACAAGUUGUGAAGACCUGCCAUGCGAAUGAGGCUCGUGAUUACAUCCUACAGCAAGAUCUCUGUGGCUUCGAUGGGCUGGUGAGUGUGGGAGGCGAUGGCACAUUCAAUGAAGUAAUGCACGCCUUAAUCGACCGAACCCAGCAAAAGGCAGGGGAGCUCAAAGAGGACUUUGAUGCAGAGCUUCUGUCCCCAAGACUUCGUAUUGGCAUCAUUCCUGCAGGUUCUACAGAUUGUGUCUGCUUUGCAACCGUGGGAACAAAUGACCCUAUCACUUCUGCUCUGCACAUCGUUAUAGGGGACAGCCAGCCUCUGGAUGUCUGCAGCAUUUGGCAUGAUGGGAUGCUUUUACGCUACUCCGUCUCCCUAGCUGGUUACGGUUUCUAUGGCGAUGUAGUGAGCACCAGUGAGAAGCACCGUUGGUUGGGGCCAGCGCGCUACACCUUUGCAGGAGUCAAAGCAGUGCUAAGCAACCACAGCUAUGAAGGCACUGUGGAAUUCCAGUUAGCAGCGUCAGAGGACACCAGUCCACGGGAUCAAUCACGCUGCCGGUCAGGCUGCAUGGUCUGUUCUGAGUCUAGCAAAAACCUUCUGAAUGGAAGCGAGGAAGAACGUUCUUUGGAAUACACAAAGCAGGCAGGUGGUGAAUGGCAGCGGGUUCAUGGUAGCUUCAUGGCAGUCAACCUAACCUGCAUGAGUAGUGCCUGUCCGAAGAGCCCCAAGGGUCUCUCACCUUGCGCUCACCUGGCCGAUGGAACUGCCGACCUUAUCCUGGUGCACAAAUGCUCCGUCUUCUCCUUCCUGCAGCAUUUGAAUCGGCACACCAAUUGCUCCGACCAGUUUGACUUGCCCUUUGUGAGUGUAUACCGGGUUCGAGCUAUUCGCUUCACCUCCUCCAAAGGGGAAGACUGGGAGGGAAGACAACAAGCUGCACAAGAACAGAACAUGCUCUGUGGGGGAAUAUGCCAAGGACAGCCGCCGGUCAGCUGCUGGACCUGCGAUGGCGAGACCUUGAACCACACUGAUAUUGCCAUUCGAGUACAUGGGAGUCUCAUCCAUCUCUUUGCUCGUGGAAUUGAACAGCCACCCAGCAUAUCCUAGGCGUUUUCUGCCAGACGAAAGAGAACCUGAUGAAAGGCAAAGCUCCUGCUGAGAACUUCAGACACAGCCUUAAGAGUCUCGCUUCCUAAUAUAUGAAUUAAUUAGGAAUUGAAUCUAAGAGGUUCAAGGAUAGAAGCCGAGCCUGAGAGGAAGUUCAGCUCCAGUUAUCAGAGAUGGUUUCCUCUGAAGGAGAAUAUUUGUACCUCAGGGUUGGACCCUUCAUAGUGUCAUGGGGAGAAGCAGAGGCAUGGAUGCUAGCUUGGCUAGACAGGCCCAAGGUCCCCUGCUCCUGUGUUUUACAGCCUUCAGACCAGCUGCAAUUGUGCAGUACUAAAAUUCAGUUGCCCAAACAGGUGAAGAUUAAGCUGAGUGCAUGGUUACAAGUAGACUUAAGACGCUUCAAACACACAUAUCCAAGAGACACAGAAUGGGUUUGUUUUUUUUUGUAAUAACUUCCAUUUACAGAACAGCAUCAUGUACAAAAUCCAAGGAGACUGCACAGGAAUGUAAGAAGUAGUUCCAAGUAAAAGCAGUUGAUAGAGCAGCAUACGCAGAUGAGGAAGGAGUAUGGAGUGUAAGAGUUAAAAAAAAACACAAAAAACCUCUGCAGCUUUCUCAUGCCUUCAGAAGCUUUCCCAGCAUAGCAGCAGAAACUGGAAUGGGAUAGUAAAUUUAUCUGACGGCAGCCCUUCAGAGGGAACUGAGAAAUAGACACGAGGGCCACCGAGAGGUCAGCAGAAGAAGAUCCCACUGCAGCUGGAGAAGUGCACCAAUGCUUAAGCCCAACGAGUUGCUCCC